AUGUCCCUUGAUUUACAGGAAGUUCUGGACUUUGCUAUUAGCUUAUCGAAACAGGCUGGCGAAGCGAUCGUGCAGGGAUCCGAGACGCGUUUCAAGAAUGCCACGGGCUUCGAUGAAAAGAAAAACACCGCCGAUCUUGUGACUGAGACGGACCAAAACACCGAGAAACUCGUCUGUGAGGCAAUCAAAGACAAGUACCCAGACCACAAAUUUAUCGGCGAGGAAACAUGGGCAGCCGGCGAGCAUCCGACACUGACAAAUGAACCAACAUGGAUUAUCGAUCCCAUCGAUGGUACGACCAACUUUGUCAAAGGCUUUCCAUUCGUUUGCAUCUCCAUCGGCUUUGUGUAUGAAGGUGAUCCGGUUAUCGGCGUCAUCUACGCACCAUUUCUGGGCUAUCUGUGUGCAGCCAAGAAAGGCCAUGGCGCAUUUAUGACGACGCCGUUGCACCCAGAGCGUCGUCCUCUCCCACUCGUGGCGCCACAGCCACUUCCCUCGUUCAAGCAAGCUUUGAUUGCUUUUGAGUGGGGCUCCGACAGGUCCGCUGAGGUGAUGGAGAAAAAGUCUCGUACGUACAAGCGCCUCGUCGGCGACAAGCAGAGUGGCGUCGAGGGUGGAGAGAUGGCCCUGGGCGUCCGCUCGAUGGGCUCGGCGGCCCUCAACUUUGUGCAUGUGGCUAUGGGUUGCCUUGACGCGUACUGGGAAAUCGGCUGCUGGGCCUGGGACGUUUGUGCCGGCAUAGUCAUUGCUCGCGAAGCUGGCUGUGCGGUGGUUGGAUCCAAAGCACAGGCGAACAACGCGCUUACCCAGAGCUCAUUUCCACCGGCCACAACGACGCCAGACGUUCUGACGGGCCGCAAGUACCUCGUGGUCCGUGCUAUUGGCGAUGGAAACCAAGAGUCUGGCGUCGAUGCACAGAAACGCAUUAUCCGGACGUACUAUGAUGCGGUGGAAGAAUGGGACCCAUAG